UCUACAUAAAUAUGUCUAUUUAUAGUAUGUUUUGUUUUGUUUUUUCUUUUUUGUUUCUUGUUUAGUAUUCUUGACUGUGUUAAAAAUGGCACAUUCCUAUGUUUCUAUGGUCAUAUAUCCCUAGGGUUAUGAUUAGUGUUAGAGCUAGUGUGAGUGUGUUUUGACCCAGACACAAGGACCAUUAAUAUGUUUUAACAUAUACCUUGGAAAAUUAAAAAAUGCUUCCCUGUCAAAUUAAUUUUUACCUCAGAGCAAAAUGUCUGCGAGCUGUCAGUCAUUUGUGACUUAUGUGAGGCAGUGAGGCCCACUUUCAAGACUUUUAAUACCAUGUCCAAAGAGAAAUUAGUCACACAAAAUCCAUCACUCUUCUGUUCAGCGUGUUCAUGCUCGCAAACUACUUUUUGGUGCACAUCAAGAGGUCCCCCUUGUGGCUGAAGUACCAUGCAGUAAGACAAUUAGGCAACCUCUUACAAAACUACAUCAGGCAGUCCCCAGACAUUAAAUUCAGAUACUCAGGGAAUCUAUUCCAGUGUUCCCAUCAGACCAUUUCUCCCUCAGCGAUAUGGCAGACUCCCUGUGCAUGCUGUGUCAUCUCCCCCCAAAGACUUCUUCACAAACAGUGGAGGAGCGUGGCAAGUGGGGUAGCAAAAAGGAGUUCAUUCUGUCUGUGGCUGGUGCGAUUAUUGGUCUAGGAAAUGUGUGGAGAUUUCCAUAUCUGUGCUACAAGAAUGGUGGUGGUGCAUUUUUCAUUCCUUACAUCCUGUUCCUUGUGACCUGUGGCGUUCCUCUGUUCAUACUGGAGACAGCACUGGGCCAGUACACAAGUCAGGGAGGAAUAAUGUGCUGGAGGAAGGUCUGCCCUUUGAUGGAAGGCAUAGGAUACGCUGGCCAAAUUAUCCUUUUCUAUGGAGGUCUGAGCUACAUGGUGAUUUUGGCCUGGGGUUUCCUCUACUUUUUCUCUUCCUUCUCUGUUCAGCUACCAUGGGCAACCUGUAAUAACACAUGGAAUACAGAUUCUUGCAUGGUAUUGAACAACUAUAACAACACUGCUAACUGGACCUCGCCUGUGAAUUCAUCAUCAUCUGUAGUGGAGUAUUGGCAGCGACGGGUGCUAAGAAUAUCCACCGGCAUAGAGACCAUUGGAAGCAUACAAUGGGACCUUUGCUUGUGUCUUCUUCUGGCCUGGAUCAUCUGCUACUUCUGUGUCUGGAAGGGAGUGAAAUCAACCGGUAAGGCUACCUACUUCACAGCCACAUUCCCAUUUGUCAUGUUGGUGGUGCUGCUCCUUAGAGGAAUGACACUUCCUGGAGCCUUGCAUGGUAUCAAGUACUACCUGUACCCAAAUCCUGCACGGCUUGCUGACCCACAGGUUUGGAUAGAUGCUGGAACCCAGAUAUUUUAUUCGUAUGCCAUAUGUUUGGGAUGCCUGACCACACUUGGGAGCUACAACAAGUACAACAACAACUGUUACAAAGACUCCUUCUAUCUUUGCCUGUUGAACAGCGGGACCAGCUUUAUAUCUGGCUUUGCCAUUUUCUCAGUGUUGGGCUACAUGUCACAAAAACAGGGUGUCGACAUUGACUCCGUUGCUGAUUCAGGCCCUGGCCUUGUGUUCAUUGUCUACCCACAAGCUGUGACCCUUCUACCAUGGCCUCAAGUCUGGUCCAUGUGCUUCUUCAUCAUGAUCAUUUUGUUAGGAAUAGACGGUCAGUUUGCUGGGCUUGAAAGCAUCAUGACCUCUCUAACGGAUAUCUACCCUGCCCAGAUCCGAAAAGGAUAUCGCAGAGAAUUACUUCUGCUGCUGAUCUGUGCUAUUUGCUUCAUGCUUGACCUAUUACUGGUGACAGAGGCUGGCGCCUACAUCCUGCAGAUCUUUGAUCACUACGUUUGCAGCGGUCCCACUCUUCUUCUGAUGGCAAUUUUCCAGUCUGUGAUUAUUGGAUGGAUUUAUGGUGCUGAACGCUUCAGUGACAACAUUGAGGACAUGAUUGGAUACAAACCUCUAUCACUGAUUAAGUACUGCUGGAUGUAUGGCACUCCUCUUACUUGCAGUGGCACACUUGUGUUUUUGAUCCUGAGAUACACACCAUUGAGAUUCAACAACUCCUACGUGUAUCCUUGGUGGGCAUACUUGAUCGGCUGGUUUCUGGCCAUGUCAUCUCUUAUGAUGAUUCCGGUGACCAUGGUCUACAAACUGGCCAAAGGAAAAGGGACUUUCUGGCAGCGUCUCAAGUCAAGCUCCCGACCUGCAGAUGACCUUCCAGCGAUGGCAAAGGAAAUGACAAACAUCUGUGUCCGACUGCAUGUCUCUGAUGUGGGAAAAAAUAGCAAUAUGUAGGCUAUUGAAAUCAUUGAAAAGAUCAGGUGUGUAGGAUUUAGCAGCAUUUAGCGGUGAGGUUGCAGGUUUGCGACCAUUGAAAUAUCCCUCCCUUCAUCUUUCCUGUGACUGUCACUAAAAAUGCAACAAAAAUGUGAAACACUCUUUCCACAUCCAGUGUUAGGUUUGUUCAUUACUGGAAAGACAUGAUGGUACAACAUGGUGUGGAAGAGGAGCUGCUCCCUCUGUUGACAUAACGGGCUCUCUCUAUGGCAACACAACAAUUUUUACUGUCAAGUGAUUAUAAAACAUGAUUAUGAAUAUGAUAUUCAAUUUCUGCCAAUAGAUCCUCUUAAAUCCUACACACUGGACCUUUCUAAGUUUCUUUUGUGAUUUUUUUAUUUGAAUAUGUAGGGCAUAGCGUUUACUAUAUUUAUGGUGGUAGUAUUCAUUUACACAUAUCUGUUUUAAGGUGAGGUGACCUCUCUGAAUACAGUAUAAUAAGUGUAUAUACAGAGUUUUUUCAGAACUAUAUUAUAUUAAGAAUUGUUACAGAAAUAUGAUGAAUGUACAAAAUACGACAACAAGUUGCAGCAAUAAAUACAAUCUACAUUUAUGAUCGUUAUAAACUGAAACAACGACAAUGUUAUUUGGGCCUCUUACAACAAACACACAAACUUUUACCUUGUUGUCUAUAAACAGGGCAUUACUGUGGUAAGUAAGUCAGUCAAAUGGGCAUCAGUGUGGAAUAAUAACCCUGGUGCGGAGCAGCUAACUGUUUCUAAUAUAUAGCCAAUCUGUCUUCACAAUACCUUUUAACAGUUUAUACCUGAGGACACUGUAUUAUUACAGUUCACACCUUUGCUAUGUAACAGUUGUGGAACAUAGAGAUUAAACACAAACUGUUGUUAAAGUAUAUUGUUCCAAUCUGAUCUUUUUGUCAGUUAUUACUUGUUAAGAGAUGGCAACAUAUGCAAAAAAAAAGAAAAAAGAAAAGAAAAACAAUAACCCCAAUUAGAAAAACAAUUUUGGUUGAUAGAAAUAUCUGACAGGAGUGGGGGGCCCUUUUGAGCAAAUACAAAAUAAUGACAAACAACCAAAAUUGUUCUAUGAGAAUUUUUGUUUAUUCAGGACCCAUUACUUACAGUGUGAGGCUAGAUGAGAAAAUGCGUUUUUUUAUGACCCUUUCGUGUUUGUAAAAUAUUGACAAUGAUUUGAGUUAUGUUGUUCAACCACAGCAGUUUGGUUAGAUCAUGGUACCUGAAGUUACAUUUGAACAUAUGUUACAUACUUGACUUUAUGUUGCAUACUUGAGUGCAUUAGGUAACCUCACACUGAUAAGUUAAAAUAAGUCAACAUUCCCUUUUGGUUUCACAUGGGACACAAACAGCUGAUUCCUGGGUCAAAGUCCUGUGUUUGUUUGGCAUAUUCAUCAACCCAAACCUCUGCCCUAAGCAGGCUCUGACUUGCUCUGACCAUCUAAUGUCUAAGGCAGGUUUUCUCUCAGUGCUAAGGCUGAGUGAACCAUCUCCUGGCAGCAGAGACAUGAAAGUGGUGUCAAUCGUCUCAACUCACGCUUCCAUAACUGAGCAAAAAAAUUUGCUCAGUUAUGGAAGCGUGAGUUAAUUUCAGACUUCAGUAUUUUAUUUUACACAAAAAUGUAUGGGAGAUGAUUCUAGACUGUGGGUUCAAGUACGUAUGGCAAAAUAAUCUAUGCUCAAAUGUGCAUUUACCAUCUUUCUGAAUCUGAAUCUGAAUCAAGUAAGUGGGCUUGUGAUAUAGGACUAUUUUGUCACAUGAUUCAAGAGUCUUAAUGAAUGGACUGGACAUAUAAUCACAUAUAACCUGGUUUUACUUACUACAGCCAGAGGCGCAUAUGACUGUUGAUGAAAAAAGUUCACCAACAGGCUUCAACAGGGCUUUGACCUCAGUGACCUCUAUAUAUUACUUUAAUGCAUGGUUACCUACAUUUAUUUGUGGUUUUC